UUUUUUUCCAGUUAAAAGAGCAAAAUUUGACUACUUUUUACGCUUUUUAGAGGUUGUUUUGCAAACAUCUCUCUACACGCCCCCUCCCCCCCCAAUCGUUGACCCUUCGCACGGGCCCUGGAUGUGGAUGAGCUCUAGGUGUGAAGAUUGAUGCGACGUAGAUAAGAUUUAAAAUAAGAGAAUUAUGCUUUCUGUUAUAAUAUUUCCUUUGAUUAACGGGAUGCAUACCCGGAGAUACUGUAGUCGUUGAUGAUAUGGCAUUAAUUUGAUUGAAUUUUUUUUCUUCUUUUAUCUUUUUGAUUUUGCCGCCUAUAAUUAAUUUGGUGAUCAAACCACUAAUUUUUUGGUGAUCAAAACUCAACUUUUUGGUGAUCAAAAAAAUGCUCACCCAAUAUACAAUGUGGUCAAAUGAUACGAAUUGCUUAUUAUUAUUAGGAUGAGUCAGGUGUUUUUCGUCAUACAACAUUAAAUCAUAUUAAGUAUGCAUUUAUCAAUGGUGACCAUGGAAUUAUUCAUAUACUUGAUUUAUAUAUUUAUAUAACAAAAGUUAAAUUACCUGAAAUAAAUCUAAAUGCUAAAUUAAUUUUACCACCAUGUCCAAUAAGUCAACAAGAAUCGAAGCAAAUUUAA